GCCACCAAUGAGCAAUGCUCGAAAAAGAGUAAUUAAUGAAGCAUUCAAAAAGCUGGAUAAAACAGGAGAUGGAAAUAUUACUAUUGAGGAUCUCAGAGGGUAAGUGAAAUCCUAUAUUUUUCUAUAAAAUUCAGUAUACUCAGUAUGCAUAUUGCAACGUUGUAUGCAACCUGUAAAAUUGUUCCAUGAAUUUUAAUUUGUGCUUUUGUUUAAAAUUUUAAAAUUACAUUACAAAGCUUUAAUAUAUUAAGCAAACAUAUCAGUAAGAAUUAUUACCAUAUAUGUCUCGUACAUAUUGUCACUGUUAACUCUCAGCCUCAUCUCUGCCACUGGGGAUUGGUUUAAUAUUAAGGACAACAAACAGGACAUGUUUUAGUCGUGUUAGUUAGCCAUUGACAUUUUUCAUGUUCUGUUUGCCGUUGUGGUUGCAGCGUUGCCGUUCCGAACACCCAUAUUUUUACAAUGUUCUUAAAUCAUCUGAUGUGUAAAUAUUUAUUCAACUAAAAUGUAAAUAUUUAUAAAGGCCAAUUUUUUUCAUUUUUCAAACUCGAUGCUGCCAUACUUGCUAUUAUGCACCUAUAUUUAUUUUUACUAUAUUUCCAUUGUAAUUUUAAAUGUAUGACAACACUUUGAAUCACCAUGCUAUGUUUACAUACGGACUGUACCGCGUUAGUUUAACUACUUUUAUUGCUGGCUUGGGCAAAAACGAGAAAAUGUUUCGCAAACUAAGAUCUUUUCCUUUUUCGUAGUGUCUAUAAUGUGAAGCAUCAUCCGAAAUACCGAAAUGGGGAGUGGACGGAAGAGCAAUGUUUCAGAACGUUUUUAGAUAGCUUUGAUUCGCCAGAUGAUAAAGAUGGACGGGUAAGUGCACAAGAAAUAUUUCAUGAUUAUAUUCAUUUUUGUAAGGGGAUCAUAUACUUUUCCUUUAGGUUUCGGGUAUCAAAUACGUUAAAAAUAAGAAUAAAUUCCAUUAAUAAUAAUACAAAUUCCAAUAGACAUUUCUUAUAAUGACGUCAUCACGUUAUCAACCCUUUAUGCCUUUAAACAUUAAUUCGGAAUAGCCCAAUGUGUGCCAAGUCAUUUUCCCGUCGAGUUUGAGGCAGCACUUUCCUUGCGAUAGUAACUCCUAGUGUUUUUUAAUGUAUAGAUCACGAUGGACGAAUUUCUCAACUACUACAGCGGUGUAAGUGCCUCGAUUGACAACGAUGCCUACUUUGAUCUCAUGAUGAGGAAUGCUUAUAAACUCAAAUAAAAUUGUUACAGUACUCUUAUUGUUAAGAUGAUAUAUAUGCAUGUAAGUGGUUGGCACAUGUGGCUGGAUCUUGCGAUGGUACUGUGGCACGAAAAACCUAAGCACGAAAAACCUAGAAUAGAGUUUAUUAAUAAAAUAUGUAUAUUACCAAGCUGAGGAAAUGCAUAUAUGGAUGCCUGGAUAUAAAAAUAUAAAAAUCGCACCGUGCAUGCACAUUGCUGUGGCAUCCGAUGUGUGUGCGAAAAAUUUGGAUAAUGUCUGCAUGGAUGAUUCAUUGAUAACGGGCCUUAAUGAGCUCAAGUUGAUUUAUUUCUAAUUGAUUUCCCUUCAAAUUCAGCUUCACUGCAAAUGCUUGUUUUUUUGCCUUGGAGCUGGUACAUGCGUUCGCUCUUUUUAUUCCAUUGAUAACUACUAUUUUUGUAUGACUAGCGUGAACUAUUUGAAAGUUUAAAUAAUGCAUUAAGAAGAUAGUUAUUCUUCAAGUAAGGAUUGAUUAGUUUUGAAGGUCAUGUAUGCGUAAGUCGCGACUAUAACCUUUGUAAAAAUAUUGGAGAAUGUAUGAAAAACCGUGGGCAAGGGCAUGCAUGACUCUUUUAAAGUUAAAGUAGUAUAACGGUCUUUUGGUCAAUAGACUUAUACAUAAUGACGUCACAAGGCUUGAUGCACACGAGGAAUGCUGGUCUUAGUAGUCAUCGCCUGGGAAAAUUAAAUAAUUCAAAAUGGCCACUUUCGAAUUUUUCCUGGACGAUGACUACUAAGACCAGCAUUCCUCGCGGGCAUCAAGCCUUGUGACGUCAUUAUGCAUAAGGUCUAUUGUUUAAACUUUAUAGCCAAUAGUUAUAGCCUGCGAUAUUUCGUGUACAGAGGCAGAGCCAGCUAUUGCUCGUUUGCAAUCGACGCCAUCUUGGUUGAUUUUCAAAACAUACGUGGCAACUAAAAAUCUAUAUUCUUUGUCGUAUUGUGCCAGAAAUCGUAAACUAUCCAUAAUGCAGUAAGAUGUUUUCAAACCAAACCAAAAAUAUUAAAGUAACUCAACUAUUUCGAUGUAAACGGCUGGACAAAACUUUAAAAUCAACCAAGAUGGCGCCUAUAAUGACAUGUAGUGAUGUCAUGUGCAAGCAAAGAAUAUAGAGUAUGUUUCAAGGUCAUGGUAUAUACUCUAUAUGUAACAAUCCCAUGUCCAUGUUAGAAUAUUUCUCAUAAUUCAUAGUAGUGAGUAUUCCACCCCGGUUCUAUUGGAGAGCAAUGUAUUAGCAUAGCACUAUACGUGUUUACAGUAUAUAUCUUAAAGUGUUGCCAAGCUAUAAUACAUGCAGUCAAUUCAAAACAGGUUCUUCAAAAAUCUUAAACCUUAAAUAUUGAGCGCGCAAUGUAUAAUGGAUAACUUCCUAUUUAGAGUCGGGAAAUUUGCUUUGCAACAAUGCUAGGGCAUAUAUGAUCACUGUCGAUGUAAGGCUAUUUGGUUCACUAAGCUAAUUGUACAAUCUUAGGCUCCAAAUAAGCAAUACCCAUCAUACCUUGCGCGCUUAAUGUUAAGGUUUAAAAUUUUUGAAAAGAUUCAGCUUGGGCUGUUGUGAUCAUGUGUCCUCUUUCCCAAGACUUUUAACUUCCAACAACUCACACUGAUCAAUUUUAUUGAUCAAUGAUAAUGGUCAAAAGUACGGUAAAAUGAAGCUACUUUUUGACCACAUAGUAUACGGUAGAAAGUUUUAAUAUUGUACAAAUUGUAAUAUAAAAAUAUAAUGAAUAAAGGUAAUAGAAUACAAC